AUGAGUUUUGGGUACGAGCGUAACAUCAAUGAGGAUCAUGAAGCUGAAGAGUUUUUAAGAUAUAUCCCGACUCUGGCGAAACCUUUAGAAACUCCCGAGUUUUUAGAAGCGGAUAAAUCAAUAAUUCGUACAGGAUCAGAUAUGGACAGUAACUCCGACAAGUCUUCUUUUAUUUUUUGUGAUGACUCGCUCCAGAUAGAAAAUCACGUUUACGAUCCUUCCCGUUUGGAUUUAGAAGACGAUUCCUCUCUUGCAGAUAUAUCAACAUGUUCAGCGAAUUCUUCGUAUCCUACUUCUCCAGUGAAAAGAGAUUUUUUUGCAAUGGAAUCCGAGUCCAUAAUGGACCGUAUAAGUAAAAGCAACGCAGCUGAUAAAGUGACAAGCUAUACCAAAAGACAGUUCAAGCGAAAUCGUGAAUCGCUAGCCAAGCAAUUCCUUCAUAUUCUAGAUAGUGAAGUUUUUCAAGGAAAACUUUCCGAAUAUGUCCUUAAUAAUGAAAUUUUGGUAACGUGGUCAAAGUCUUUCAGUACUACUGCAGGAAGAGCUACUUUAAAACGGCCACGAUCGAAAAGCCAUCUAAUUCAGCACGUUCAGGCCUACAUUGAGCUUUCAGAAAAAGUUGUUGAUUGUGAUUAUAGACUGUAUAACACCUUGGCUCAUGAGUCGUGUCAUUUGGCUUGCUGGUUAAUUGACAGGGAAAUGCAAUCCCCUCAUGGAGCAUGUUUCAAAGGUUGGGCGAAACGUCUAAUGAACAAAUUCCCGUCAAUUGAAGUAACUUCAAAGCAUAAUUACGAUAUUGAUUAUAAAUACAAAUGGCUUUGUAUGAAUGAAGCUUGCAACAAGCUUUACCAAAGGCACUCUAAGUCGAUUGAUCCCAAGAGACACAUUUGUGCACUUUGUACUAGUCGACUCGUUCAAAUUGCUCCAGUAACUAGGCUGCUUAACCCUUUCCAGCUAUUUAUGAAGGAGAACAUGGCAAGCAUAAAGCGACAGUAUCCUACUCUGUCACACAAAGAAUUGAUGACUAAAGUCGCUCUAGAAUAUCGCCAUGCUAUAUCAACACAAUCCCAGAAGUCAAACUCUACUGGUUUCCUUAAUGUAAUGCAAGAACUUGAUGAUUUAUCGCUAAAACAUAAACAGGAUUUGAUGAAACAUGCUAGCAUUUAA